AAUGAGUCGCUUAUACGAUACAAUUGAGCCGUCAGUUAUUGAUGAUGAGAUGCUUCAAAGAGCUGUCGUUGAACAAGGUCCAAAAAAUGAGGCUGGUAAACUAGCCAGAGAGGAAGGCAUCGAUUUCGCGGACGUUACAUCACUUAGAUUGGACUUUAAAAAUAUUCUGAAAAUUGGUAAUUUAUGGAGUUUCAAAAGUCUUGUAAAACUACAAUUAGAUAACAAUAUCAUUGAAAGAAUAGAAGGUUUGGACACUCUUGUGAAUCUCGUUUGGCUUGACUUGUCUUUUAAUAAUAUAGAAGUUAUUGAGAAUUUGGAUAAUUUGACUUUAUUAGAAGACCUGACACUCUACAAUAAUCGAAUUGAGAGAGUAGAAAACAUGGAUAACUUAACAAAGUUACACGUUCUAUCUGUUGGGAACAAUCAAUUAAAGGAUUUAGAGAAUAUGAAGUAUCUUCGUAAAUUCGAUAAUCUACGAACAUUAAAUCUAACGGGAAACCCUAUUAAAAAUGAUGCGGCAUACGAAAGUUAUAUAGCAGCUCAUCUACCCGAUCUAGAAUAUUUAGAUUAUCGAUUAGUAGAUCAGAAAACGAGAGAGGCUGCUAAAGAGAAGUAUGAUAUUGCCCUUCAAGAACUGGAAGAAGGCGAGAGGAACGCUGCUAGAAAGAAGGAAGAGGAGAUAAAAAAAACAGAAGAACUCGAGUUACACAAGGCUGCUUAUGUAGAACAUUUGAACGACUCAACACUAUUCGAUAGUUUGUACGCUGAAGAUCCGGAGGGAAUGAAAUUAAAUAAGAUUCCGACUGUUGACGAAAUGAUCUCAAACUACAGAGAAGAAUUUAACGAAAUUUGCCGCGAAAUAUUUGAAUUUGGGUUAAAGAUGCAUGUGGAGAGACAAGCGGAAGUGAAAAUGUUUUGGGAAUGUGUAAGAGAAGCAAAGGAAACAAAUAAACAACUGGGAAUAAAUAAAAUAGAAGAAUUUAUGGAAUAUCGAAAAAGAGUACUGCCAGAACUAUUGAUCGAACCAGGAGAAAACCACGAGGAACAAGAGGCUCACGAAGAAUAUCAGAAGACAAUUGACAAAUUAUGGGAUGCACUCAUGAUUUAUGAGAUGCAGUUGGUCGAUCAGCUGGAAGACGUUAUUAAAGAAUUCGAACGUGCAAUGUCCGAUAUGGUGGCAAACUUUAAAGAAAAUGUUAGCGCUUUAUUUAGCCGAAUGAGAGAACUGGAAAACCAGCACAAUGAGAAAUUAUUGGAAAUUGGCCAAAUGACCUUAGAAAAAAUUGUCAAAGGUGAGGUAGAUGAUGAUAUCCCUGAUGAAAUAAGAGAUCUAUUCGUUGAUAAAGACACUUUAAAUAGUGCGGUUACAUCUUCCCACGAUGUACACUUAAUGAAAAUUGAUAACCGCGAAGACGAUUGUACAACCAAAGUAAAUACUUGGUUAACUAAUCUGACUAGAACUAUACACGAACAAGAGGAGAUUGAAAGAAAUCGGCAAAGGGUAACAGAGAUCAGCCAUUUAAUAGACCAUCUAAAAGACGAUUUCGAAAAUAACUAUUCAGCAGAAUUCUAA